UUGGCAACGUAAUACACGCGGAAUAUCCGUUCGACACUAAUCGCACAAUAAUGCGUGUCAUGAUACGGGCGCAUCAAAUUCUCACCGGCUACCAGUGCUGCUCUCAUUUGUGCUUAUGCGUUUUCGGAGGGCUUCUGAUUUGGUUCGCCGCAGCGAGGUUCGAGUGUCUGGCCGUGGAGCUGCAGAACAACACGAAUGUUCGUACGUUGAUCGCAUGCGUUGAGAAACAGUUACGGUUAAAGAGAUACGCGGAAGAUGUGAUUACUUGCUUCCGUUUCAUGGUACUUUUUGUUAUAGCGUUAUGCUCAUUCCUCAUGACACUGUGCGCCGUCAUAAUGGCCAUGAAUACACCGGUAAACGUGAAAUUGAUGUUCCUGCUGCUCAACAUGUAUUUCCUCAUGUAUCUCUAUAUGUAUGCAUGGCCGGCUGAUAACAUGAAAGACAUGAGUUUGAGCCUCUCGAGAAGCGCGUACGAUUUAAAGUGGUACGAACAAACGCUGGGAAUGCAGAAGAACCUACUGUACGUGAUGAUGUAUCAGAAACCAGUGACUCUUUCUAUCAAAUGUAUAAUAAAGGAACUCUCUCUGCACUAUUACUGCACGUAUCUGUCGAAUGCUCUCUCUUUCUGUACCACUUUACGUGUCUUGCUAGACAGACUGACAGAUCAAAACGUAUCAUAA